AUCAUACACAAGAGAAGGUGUAGAUAAUAAGAGAAGAAGAAGGUGAAUUGCUGAAACAACGGCCGCCGGAGGAAAUCAGCAAACGUAUUCGGAGUUUCACCUGCAAACAUGGCAAGGGGAUUGAAGAAGCAUUUGAAGAGGCUUAAUGCCCCUAAGCAUUGGAUGCUUGACAAACUUGGUGGUGCCUUUGCCCCCAAGCCAUCUUCUGGACCACACAAGUCAAGGGAGUGCCUUCCCCUUGUUCUUAUCCUCCGUAAUAGAUUGAAGUAUGCUUUGACAUACCGUGAGGUGAUUUCUAUCUUGAUGCAAAGGCAUAUCCAAGUUGACGGGAAAGUGAGGACUGACAAGACGUACCCUGCUGGUUUCAUGGAUGUUGUGUCUAUCCCAAAAACAAAUGAAAGCUUCCGUCUUCUGUAUGACACCAAGGGACGUUUCCGUCUCCAUUCCAUCAGGGAUGAGGAGGCAAAGUUCAAGCUGUGCAAAGUGAGAUCUAUCCAGUUUGGUCAGAAGGGCAUUCCUUACCUGAACACCUAUGAUGGUCGCACUAUCCGUUACCCCGACCCGCUUAUCAAGCCAAAUGAUACUAUCAAGCUCGACCUUGAGGCGAACAAGAUUGUGGAGUUUAUCAAGUUUGAUGUGGGCAACGUUGUGAUGGUUACUGGAGGAAGAAACAGAGGGCGUGUUGGUGUGAUCAAGAACCGUGAAAAGCACAAGGGAAGCUUUGAGACCAUCCAUAUUCAAGACUCAACAGGACAUGAAUUUGCAACGAGGUUAGGGAAUGUGUUCACCCUUGGAAAAGGAACAAAGCCGUGGGUUUCACUUCCAAAAGGAAAAGGUAUUAAGCUUACCAUCAUUGAGGAGGCUAGGAAGAGGCUUUCAGCUCAACAAGCUGCUUAAACUGUUUUUUUGCUCCUUCAGUUUCAGAGAACCAUUGUUUUUUUGGCAUCUUCUUUUUUGUUUAUGAGUUACUUUGUUUUCAGACUUUUAUGUCUUUAGAGUUCCUUUUGUUUUCACUUUUCAGACUUGUACGCCAGAAAAGAAAGAUCCUAUCAGAUUCUUAUGUGCUCUGUUUUUCUUGCUCCUGUAUAUGGAGUAUUAUCUAGGAUACAAGCCUUGCGAUUCUAAUUUUGAUUCUUGAAAAUUACAAAUA